CGACUUCCAACCAGACGCGAAGACCAUCGGCAAUCAGUAUGAGCUGGCGGAACUUCACGAAUCUGAUCUGCUAUCUGUAGAGAAGCGAGAUCACCAGGCAGGGCAGUUGAACGCAGCAGCAAUGCCGGGUGUGCCAGGGCGAAAGCUGGGUCAGAAAGUCGACAUCGACUUCACCCUGCGAAAGGUCUUCGGCAGGAAUACGUUCAGACCAGUCCAACGCGAGGUCGUGACGGCUGCUCUGGAUGGCCAUGAUAUCUUCCUCCAAGCAGCCACUGGUUUCGGCAAGUCGCUGUGCUACCAGCUCCCAGCAGUGGUGGACUUCGGAAUCACGAUAGUCAUUUCACCACUGCUUGCAUUGAUGAACAAUCAGAUGGCAGGUCUCCGAGCUGCGAAUAUCAAGGUAGAUACCAUUAACAGCACGACUUCGCAAACCACCAAACAGGCUAUCAUGGCCGAUCUCAAAAGUGGCCAUCCUCUAAUCCGUUUAUUAUACGUUACCCCUGAGUAUUGUCAGCUUGACCACUUCCGAAACAGCCUCAAGACAGUGUAUCAACAGAGAGAACUAGCCAGAAUCGCAGUGGAUGAAGCUCACUGCAUAUCGGAAUGGGGACACGACUUUCGACCCAGCUUCAAAGAGCUCAGCUGGUUCAAGCAGGAAUUUCCGGAUGUUCCCAUGAUAUGCUGCACUGCCACAGCUCCUCAGGCUGUAAGGGAAGAUGUGAUCAGGACGUUGGGGCUGGAUCAGUCCAGGCUCCAGAGCUUUGCCAUGACCACCAGUCGACCGAACUUACAUUUCGAGGUCCGCUUUACCAAUGAAGAGGAAGAUCGCUAUGACAACUUUCUCGCUUGGAUUCGAUCGGCACAUGAGCGCCGUACGAACAAUGUGGCCCGCUCGCAGGAGCUGUCUCAGCGAAAUGAACGGCCGACCAACGUGUCAGGCAUCAUUUACACCUGGUACCGCAAGGACACUGAGCAGCUGGCCGCCCGCCUCCAACAUGAUGGCAUAGGCGCCAAAGCGUAUCAUGCUGGUCUGACAAUCGAGCAGAAGGAGGAUCACCUGGAUGGCUGGGUGAAGAACAAGGAUGGUUAUGAUGUGAUUGUGGCGACUACCGCCUUCGGUAUGGGGAUUGACAAGGAAAACGUUCGCUUUGUAGUCCACUGGCAGAUUCCAAAGUCCUUUGAAGGAUUCUACCAAGAAUCAGGUCGAGCUGGCCGAGAUGGCAAAGCUUCGAUAUGCAUGCUCUACUACAGCCGCGAAGACCGCGAAAGGUUGAGCUUCACGAUGCAACGAGAAAUGGAGAAGCAGCGUGGCAAGGGCGAGAUGGCACUAAAAGCGCAGGCCAACCGAUCGAAGAGUGUGCAGGCACUGGUCAAGUAUUGCGAAAGUGUGACUGUGUGCCGGCAUAAACUGAUAGCGGAUUACUUUGGUGAGAAGGAAGACCCGCCGUGUCAGUGGGCCUGCGAUUGGCACAAAGACAAGAUCGCUCUGGCGAAGAAGAAGAAACAGAGCUUGUCUAGUGAGGAGUGGGCAGCGACGCAAGCACAAGCUGGAACGUAUUCGAAUGACUACUAUGAGUGAUGCGUGUCAAACAACCACGGCAGAUGAAGUCUCGUCAACAGCAUGAAGGUUUCAGCCCUCCGUAGAAGGUAGAAUGGCGAUACAGUCGUAUGAAAGAGAAAGG